UGUCACUUCCAGGUCCUAACCCUCAGCAUGAAGACCCUCCUGCUGCUGGCAGUGACCAUGGCCAUCGGCCUGCUGCAGGUCCAUGGAACUAUGGCAGAUUUCCAGAAAAUGAUCAAGUUCACGACAGGAAAGGAACCUCUGACUUCUUACGGCUUCUAUGGCUGCCACUGUGGUGCGGGUAGCAGAGGAACCCCCAAGGAUGCAACAGAUUGGUGUUGCAGGGCCCAUGACUGUUGCUACGAAAACCUAAAAAAACGCGGAUGCCGCACCACCUUCCAGAGCUACAACUUUAUUUUCCAACGGGGCCAAAUCGUUUGUGGUGAUCAGGACUUCUGUAAGCGUCGACUGUGUCAAUGUGAUAAAACAGCUGCCGAUUGUUUAGAUAGAAACCGGAGGACCUACAAUAAAAAUCUCCAAUACUACAACAACCUUCUGUGCUUUGGGAGUGCCCCCAAGUGCUGAAAGGCCCUCACCCUGGAAGCCCUGCCAACCAAUGCCGAGUUUCCUUCUCAGCACCCCACUUCCUACACUAGCCACGUUCUCCAGCAAAUGAUGGAAAACCUCUUGCCCACCCUAGAAACCAGCCAGGAGCCCUUCUCCUCCCCAGACUGAAGCUUUCUAUCCAGAAUGAGAAGCUCAAGGUUCUGGCAUGUAUGCUGGCUCCUUCCCCCUGCUUCCUUGGGCAGCCAGAGACUUUUUCCCAACUCCUACUCUUGAAUCAAGUCCAGCGUCAUGUUUAACUGUAGCAGCUACUUUCCUGGUUGGCUCUUCUCAAUAAAGCAAUUCAUU